AAAACCAUUACUAAACUUAAAUUAUUAUCAGUUUAUUAAAGUUUAAAAGAUUUUUACAAUUUAUUAGUAAUUAUUGUAAACUAAAUACAAGUCAAUCAAAAGUGUUGAACUGGGAUGUGAUGGGAAUCAGAGGACUCAAGAGUUUCAUUGAGAAUAACAAAGAUUUGUUAUCAGGAUAUGAAUUACACGACACAUGGCUUGUCAUCGAUGGCAGUAAUCUCUUCAAUGCUUUGUAUACCAGUUGUAGUGUUGAUUCAAAAGACUACAUCUAUGGCGGAGAUUACGGCCGUUUCGCGGACUGUUGUCACCAAUUCUUUAAGUCAUUACAACGCUGUCGGAUCCAAGCAGUUGUUGUUUUUGACGGCGGUAUUGAUCCCUCACAGCAAAAGAUGAAGACAGUUGUAAAACGAUUCAAAUGUCGUUUAGACACCGCUAAGUGUAUUUCAAAGGGCAAUCUUAUCGGUGACCGAAUAUUACCAAUACUUUGUCGUCAAGUCAUGCAUACAGUGAUGACUGAUUUAGACGUCCAUCUCAUUCAAGCCUUAUAUGAAGCCGACUCUUUGAUCGCUUGUAUUGCAAACCAAUUGAAAUGUCCGGUCCUAUCAAAUGACAGCGACUUCUUUGUAUUUGAUCUAAAGUUUGGUGUUAUUUCAGUCGAUUGUCUGCUUAGUUCUUAUAAAUUGGAGAGAAUUGGUUAUAAUAUAAUCGAUAAUACAAAGACUUAUAACUACUUGGAUUGUGAUAUCUAUUUAAUUGAUAAUUUGAUUGAUUACUUUCCAGGACUUAAACGAGAAUGUCUUCCAUUAUUUAGUACACUUAUGGGCAACGAUUGGGUCGAUUGUAAUGUCUUCGACAACAUAUUCAGUAUUAUACCUAAUGUGGAGACAUUGUCUCGAAAUAAGAGAAAAUCAUUACACGUCGGAAAACGUCAUCAAAGAAUGGUUAAACUCUUGAGUUGGUUAAGAGAGAAAACAGUUGACGAUUCCGUCACUUUUCUUAUUAAUUUCUUAAAAAAAAGUUCAAGAAAUAAAGCUAUGGAUUUGCUUCAGAUAUCACUUGAAAACUAUGCAAACGGUGUUAUAACUAAUGAUUUGAAAAACAUUGAUUUUUCAGACAUGUCAUCAUUUUUACCCAAAGAUGAUCUAACACUUCCUCUAUGGUUUAGCAAUGAGUUUCAUAAAUCACAAUUGGAUUCAAUGUUUAUGACAGUAAUUAAACUCAAAUGUGAUAUCCGUACGCCUUGUGUUGAAGACUUUGCACUUCAGGCGUCUUAUAAAUGUGUUGACGAAUUAAGACAAUAUUUGUAUUCAUUGUUAAGAUUAGAUGACAACGACAAUCAAUCCAUAAAUGUUUACGAAAGAAUCGGUUCUCAAAUGUCUAUCAUUAAAACGGAACCAAAAUUAAAGACUCGAAAAUUAAAUGAUUUGCCAAAACUGACUGAUUUGAGAAGUUUAUCAUUUGAUGAAAGAAGAGAAUUGUUUUUAGAUAUUAUAUCAAUUGAUACCAAAUCAUUGAAAGUUUUUAAAGAGUUAUUUGUAUGUCAUUUGAAUGCCGGCGAUAACAUGACUAGUAAUGACAUCAAUGGAGCCGUAUUUAUGUUAACUGUCAUUAAGUACUGGAUUAGCAAAAGUUAUCAUCAAAUAUGGAUUGAAUUUAUUUACUCAUUGUUAACAGCUAUUAUAUUUUGUGGACACAUUGGUUCAUAUAAUAAGAUUAGAUUUAUCACUUUAGAUAAAACCCAAUUAUUUGGUGGUAUACGACAAUUCAAUAGCAAACCACACCAUAACGGGGCCAAACUAUUUCAGCCACGAAUUGUACACUUUUUCAAUGAAUUCCAGUUAUGUCUAAAAGAUAUCAAAUCUAUUAAUAAUUUAUUCGGUAAACCUAUUGAAAUAGGAAAACCAUAUUUUUGUUUAAACGGUCCAUUCAUUUAUAAUCUGACCGUUGAAUUGUCGUCACGUAAAGACCCAGUGCUUUACUUAAUGCAAUUAUUUGGUCGCCAAUCAUUGGUUACCACUUUAUUUACUAAAUUGUUGAGUACUAUAUGUGAUGAUGUUAUGGAUAACAAAUUUAUUCGAUGUCUUGAUGUCACCAAUAGGAAGACACAUCUUCAAAGUCAAAAACUCAAGACUAGGAAUUCAAAAAAGAAAGUCAACAAAGGUUUAAAUAAUAGAUUUUCUGCUUUAAAUAUUCAACAAAAUUAAACCCU